CGAGAUCAUCAGAUCUGACAGCCCGACCCCCCAAUUCCCGCUGUGGAACAUUCCCUUUAUAUCCGCCGCAUAAGGAUUAUGAUUUUAAGGCACCCAGUUUCCCAGCGCGUUUCUAUGGCAAGUCAAGAGUACCAAAUAUUCCGAGCCAGCGGCAAAUCAGACGGGCGAGACGCCUUCAGAGAAUCCUGAUCCUCCAGCAGCUCUCGCAGCCCUCCUGCCAUUCUCACAUAAGACUCCGGCAGAGUUUAUUUGUCUUGUCUUCUCACUACAUCGCACUUUUCUCUGGAAUCCAGUCGUCCCCGCAGGGAAUAGCCUCACACAAUGGUUGGAUUCAAGCCCACUGAUGUCCCUCCCACUGCGGCGGUGAAAUUCAUUGGCGCUGGGACAGCAGCCUGUAUAGCCGACCUGUUCACCUUCCCUCUGGACACGGCCAAGGUCCGACUCCAGGUCCAAGGGGAGUCCAAGGCCGUUAACAUGAAGACUGCUCAGUACAAGGGAGUCUUUGGGACCAUCUCGACUAUGGUGAAGAUGGAAGGGCCCAAGAGUCUGUACAAUGGCCUGGUUGCCGGCCUACAGCGCCAGAUGAGCUUUGCCUCGGUCCGUAUUGGCCUGUACGACUCUGUCAAGCAAUUUUACACCAAAGGAUCCGAACAUGUCGGCAUUGGGAGCAGACUGGCUGCUGGGUGCACUACGGGUGCUAUGGCGGUGGCACUGGCCCAGCCCACAGAUGUGGUGAAGGUUCGUUUCCAAGCUCAGGCCAACUCCUCCACUAACAGACGCUACAAGGGGACGAUGGACGCUUAUCGCACCAUUGCCAGGGAGGAAGGAAUGCGCGGACUCUGGAAAGGUACAGCCCCCAAUAUUACCCGAAACGCAUUAGUCAACUGCACGGAGCUGGUCACCUAUGAUCUUAUUAAAGAUGCCAUCCUGAAAGCCAACAUCAUGACAGACAAUCUACCCUGUCAUUUCACCUCCGCCUUCGGAGCCGGCUUCUGUACCACGGUGAUUGCGUCUCCAGUCGAUGUAGUGAAGACAAGAUACAUGAACUCUGCCAAGGGCCAAUACACCAGUGCCCUCAACUGUGCUCUCACCAUGUUCAGAAAGGAGGGGCCCCAGGCUUUCUACAAGGGGUUCAUGCCGUCUUUCCUGAGGUUGGGAUCCUGGAACGUCGUCAUGUUUGUGACUUACGAGCAGCUGAAGAGAGCCAUGAUGUCGGCCCAAAGAUCCCGGGAAGCCCCUUUCUGAGCCUGCGGAGACCCCGUUGAUAAUAAAUACGGAGCUAAUUACUUCUCCAGCCUUAGAAUUGUUUACAGCAAGAUUUGUACCACUUUUUGUUUUACCACUAACUCCCAGCAACUCCCUGGAGAGCUGGUUUCUGGGCGUGACUAGAGCAGGAGGCGAAUGGGCAUUUCUUAUUUGAGGUUUUGGGGUGAAAUUAGGGGUUUGUUGCUGAAAUUGUUUCCAUCUCUGCAGUUUCCGGGACACUUUUUAGAAUUUCUUACUAAUUAAGUUCCCUUUAAAUGUGGUAUUUUUCUUUUUCUUCUUUUAUUGGCCAAAAUGUUCCAAACCGUUUUUAUGUCUCUUUAAUAAGUGCAACGACUGAUUUUAAUUAAACUUAAAAUAAAACAGUGACGACGCGGGUUAUGGCAGGGGCCAGAGCUGCUGAUUGGUUAUGGUCUUACACAAUCUUGCUCAGUCAUUGGUUCUCUGGAUGAAAUGCAACUCCCAGGCAACUGAAGGCUGGGAGUUGUAGUUCAACUGUCCCUCCAUUUCAACAAUCCCCAAGUUCACUGGCUCCUACACAUUCCAAACAGGCUCCUCUUCCCGUUCCCAGUUAAAGGGACAGACACAGAAUAAGCCGUGACGUAUAUACAUGUCUGUGUGUCUCAGGUCAUGGGGGGGGAGACUCUGCAUUAAAUGUUUCGACAAACGGACUGGUUAAUGGCUUUUUUAUUCUGUUUUUAUGGUGUAAAAUAAAGUCACUGUAUAACAA